AUGAGCUCAAUUGCGCCCGCAUUCAAGAAUGCCUACAUCAAUGGAUCUGGCUCAGAUCUAGCUGCAGUGCUCGCUCCGAUCGCGCCGCCCGGCGAUCCCAACCGCCUGCGCUCGUUUUACGAACUGUCCAACGCCGCGUCCGUCUCACUCGAUAUCCCUUACCUGCUGUUCCACGGAAAAGGUCCCAAGUUACCCAAGGCCGAGCAAAAUGCCUGGGUGGAAAUAUUCGUUGUCUACUGGGAGGCCGUGGGUGAAUUGAUCAAGUGCGAAGAUGGCAUUCGCGGAGCCAGCGUCGGCGCGCUCUUCAAUGCCUGGAAGAAAGUUGCCAAUACACUCAUCAGGGCCUACUCGGGAUCCUCCGGUCUCCCCGCUUGGACGCUUCCUUGUUUGUACACAGUCGGGAAGUAUCUGCGGAUCUUUGCGAUCAAUGCCGAUAUUGAAGCGGCGUCACAAGGCUCGGCCGUUGUCGGUUUCCAGGAGGAUAUCUCUCCCGAUGUUGAGAAGAACGCCAACCUGGAAGAAGCUGCGCGGAUCAUUAACCGCAUGUUCACCCUUUGUCUGAGCGACAGAGCCGCUCUCGAGGAAUCGCGCAAGUGGGGGAUCUACAACAUGACCAACCUUCUUUUCAAGAUUUAUUUCAAGAUCAACUCCGUUGGCCUCACAAAGAACCUUCUCCGCGCCAUCAAGGCCUCGGCAGCAGACUUGCCCCCUCCCGAGGCGUUCCCCAAAUCACACAUUGUUGCGUUUGAGUAUUACGUGGGUGUGAUUCACUUCUUGGAAGAGAACUAUGCUGAGGCUGAAGAACAUUUGACAUGGGCUUGGAGAAUGUGUCACCGUGGCGCGACGAAGAAUCGAGAACUCAUUCUUACAUACCUGAUUCCAUGUCAUCUGGUGACCACCCACACUCUUCCUAGCAAGAAGCUCCUAGCACAAUUCCCACGCCUCGAGGUGCUUUUCCGGCCUCUUUCAAAUUGCAUCCGCAAGGGAGAUUUGGCUGGAUUUGACCAGGCCAUGGCCGCGGGUGAGGAGGAAUUCGUCAAGAGACGUAUUUACUUGCCACUGGAACGCGGCCGUGACAUAACCCUGCGUAAUCUGUUCCGCAAAGUCUACCUCGCCGGUGGGUUUGAGGAGCCUAAGGAUGGCCAACCCCCGGUUCGACGGACUCGUGUUCAUGUGAAUGAAUUUGCAGCUGCCCUCCGUGUGGGGACCCCUGCAAGCGGUCGAUCUCGGGUCGACAUUGAUGAGGUGGAGUGCUUACUGGCUAACCUCAUCUACAAGGGCCUUAUGAAAGGAUACAUUGCGCGGGAACGAGGCAUCAUUGUUCUCAGCAAAGGCGGCAAUGUGUUCCCUGGCACUGGCGUCUAA